AUUACGCUUAUUUCUACAUCAAAAAGGUUAAUUCAAUUUUAAAAUGGCUAGAAAAGGUUUCUUCAAUUUAAGAAUAGUAAGUGGUGAUUUGUUUACUGCUGAUUGCUCAUUAGCUCAUUGUGUUGCUGCUGAUUUUCGUAUGGGAAUGGGAAUUGCUGUAAAAUUCAAGGAAAUGUUUGGACAAGUUGAUUAUCUCAAGAGUCAAAAUAUUGGGGUCGGAGGAUGUGCUGUUUUAAAGGCUACGAAUCCAGAUAGAUACAUUUACUACUUAGUAACAAAAGAUAAGUCUUCUGGAUCUUAUCCGACUUAUGACACGUUAAAGAACGCAUUAACAGCUAUGAGAAAUCAUAUGCUAGCCAAUAAUAUUAAAUAUGUCGCUAUGCCUCAAAUUGGAUGUGGAUUAGACCGAUUGGAAUGGAAUCGUGUCAUCACUACCCUUCAUUAUGUAUUUGGUGAUUAUGAUCUUGAUGUUACUGUCUAUAAAUUCACUCCUCCUAAAUAAAUCAUGUAUUUGAAAUUUUUGUAUCAAAAGAUCCAGUAGCAAUAAUUUUAAGAUCCAAGCGAAUUUUUUCAAGUCUGUCUAGUAUGA